CCUGUAACCUGCUUGUUUUGGUGUCGGCUAGUAAUGUAGUCAUUUGUCAAAAAGAAAACCAAAAAACUUCCAAACUAAAAACAGUGGCUGCCGGUUUGUUAACGUUUCUCGGAAAUACACUCACAAUGCUUCGUCCGAGCUGAUGAAAUGAAGCGUGAAAGCGGGAGGUCGUGUUAAUUCUUGGUUUGAGUUAGCUCGCUGGUUCCUGGUCAGAAUGGACUGCACCACGCUGGAGCUCGACGCUGUCAAAUUUGCCAAAACAGCUGUAACCUACGACCAGAAUGCCAAAUAUAACGAGGCAGUGUUUUAUUAUAAGGAAGCAGCCCAGGCUCUGAUUUAUGCCGGCAUGGCCGGGUCCAAGCUGGAGGGGAUCCAGGACAAGGUGAAUGAGUAUCUGGACCGGGUCCAGGCCCUUCACAAUGCAGUUCAGGCCCAGAAGAGAGACCCGCUGAAGUCCCGGGAGCAGGUGGAUCUGGAGCGCGCCCACUUCCUGGUUACCAAGGCAUUUGAGGAGGACGAAAAGGAGAAUGAUGAUGAAGCGGUUGAACUGUACACUCAGGCUGUGGAGUUGUGCAUUAAGACAUCAAAUGAGACAUCGGACUCAGCACUUCAGACCAAGCUGAAGCAGCUAGCGCACCAAGCUUUGGACAGGGCGGAAGGUCUUAAAAAAUCUCAGAAUAAAUCGGCUUCAGGCCAGACUCAGGACAGGACAGGGUCUUCCGGCAACAAACCCAACGGUGGCUCCAGUUCUGGGGGACCAGUUCGGCAGUUUUUUCCUCUUGGGCCAGACUUCAGCUUGCAGGAUCGGCCGCAGCCGGUCCGAGCCGUCCAGUCCAGCGAGCCUCAGGGUCAGCGGUACACGUCGGAGGAGAUUGAGGUGCUCAGGAGUACGUCUAAAAUCAAUGGCAUAGCCUACGUGCCCUUCAUGAGUGUGGACCUGAAGGAAAGAUUUGCCUUCCCUGUACCUUUCUCAGACAAAUUGGGGAAAUUGGCAUUGUCACCCAAACAGAAAGCCAUCUUCUCGCGCUGGGUUCGCCCGGAUGAGAUCUGCAAUAACCCCACCAUGAUCAUGUCUGUGUCCAGCUUCAGCAUCAAGCAGACGGUGGUCUCUGACUGCUCCUUUGUGGCAUCACUGGCCAUCAGUGCAGCUUACGAGAGGCGCUACAACAAAAAACUCAUCACCAGCAUAAUCUACCCUCAAAACAGACGAGGGGAACCAGAGUACAACCCAUGUGGGAAGUACAUGGUCAAGCUUCACAUCAACGGAGUUCCCAGAAAAGUGAUUAUUGAUGACUUCUUACCAGUGGACCGCAACGGGGAGUUGCUUUGCUCCUACUCCAGUAACAGGAAUGAGCUGUGGGUGUCUCUCAUAGAGAAGGCCUACAUGAAGGUGAUGGGCGGCUACGACUUCCCCGGCUCCAACUCGAAUAUUGAUUUGCAUGCCCUCACCGGUUGGAUCCCCGAACGCAUCGCUAUGCACUCUGACAAUCAGUCAUUCAGUGGGGAUGACACCUUCCGCAUGCUCUUCCAGAGAUUUCACAGGGGGGAUGUCCUCGUUACCACAGCAACAGGGGUGAUGACGGAGGAGGAAGGAGAGAAAUGGGGUUUAGUGCCAACACACGCCUAUGCUGUUCUUGACAUCAGGAAUUACAAGCGAAUGCGCUUCCUGCAGCUGAAGAAUCCGUGGAGCCAUCUCCGGUGGAAGGGCCGCUACAGCGAGCGAGACGAGAAAAACUGGACACCUGAGUUGCUGAAAUACCUCAACUUUGACCCCAAGACGGCACAGAAGUUUGAUAACGGCGUCUUCUGGAUUGCAUGGGAGGACCUUUGUCAGUACUACGAUGUCAUUUACCUGAGCUGGAACCCCGCACUGUUUAAGGAUUCCUCCUGCAUUCACAGUAGCUGGGAUGGAAAGCAGGGACCAGUGAAGGACGUCUACAGUCUUGCAAACAAUCCUCAGUACAGGCUGGAGGUUCAGUGUCCAACAGGGGGCGCUGCUGUGUGGGUGCUGCUCACCAGACACAUCACAGACAAGGAUGAUUUUGCACAAAACAGGGAGUUUAUCACCCUGGUUGUUUACAAGACAGAUGGCAAGAAGGUUUAUUACCCAGCGGACCCCCCUCCUUACAUCGAUGGCAUCCGGAUCAACAGCCCGCACUAUCUGACCAAGAUGAAGCUGACAAGUGCAGGAACGCACACCUUCACACUCGUGGUUUCUCAGUACGAGAAACAGAACACCAUCAACUACACACUACGGGUUUAUUCUGGAUCCAAAUUCAACUUUGCCAAGAUCCCAAAUCCCUUCACUCACACAAAAAGGCUCAACGGCCAGUGGAAAGGGAAUAGCGCCGGUGGUUGUGGAAACUAUAAGGACUCGUAUAAACACAAUCCAAUCUAUCAGAUUAAUCUGGAGCGGCCCGGCCCCCUCCUGGUGGAGCUCCGAGGAUCCAGGCAAUACAGCGUUGGUUUUGAGAUGGUGACGGUGUCGCCGGCGGGCGAUCCAGGUCCCGCUGCCUUCCAGAAGAAGAGCAGUGGAGAUUACAGAUGUGGUUUCUGCUACAUGGAGGUCGAGCACGUCCCAGCAGGGAUCUACAACGUCAUCCCCACCACAUUUCUACCCAAGCAAGAAGGACCUUUCUUCCUGGACUUUUCCAGCACGCUGCCCCUCAAGGUGUCACAGCUCCAAUGAAGGCCGAGCUCUGACGCCGAGAGGAAGGUACUUGAACGCUGAAGGCGUUGGAAUAUUCAGAAACCGCAGUUUGAAUGUGACGAGGUAUCUGUGCCUCUUUAAAGCCCCAAGAUUUCACUGUAUGUGACUGCUGCUCCACUUUCUCUGCCUUCUUCUCUGCUCACAUUAAUGGACCGAUUUUUGAGCAUGAAUUUCAAAGCUGGCUCCAAAAUACCACCUGGCUGUCAUGAAAACCCACACUAUCAGAGGAUUAAUGAAGAGGCACUUGAGUGUGGAAUAACCCUGAAGAAUCAAGGUCUUAAGGGAUGGAAUGUUUUUUUUUUUGCCAAAAACCAUCAUCACAAAAAUGUCCAACUUUUAUUUGCAGCAACAUCUCCUACACCAGAUUCUUCUGGACUCAAUUAAAUCUGAUGGACAUCGUGAGAUAUGUGAUCAUUUGAUUGCGUAUUAACAUGAAUGAUUGAAAAAAAGCUGCAAAACUAGUGCCAAGGAUGUUUGUAAGCGAUAGAGACAGGACAUUUUCCUCUUCACACGUCCUGCAUUGAUGCAGUAAACUCCUCAACUGUACAGGAAUACCCAUGAGUUUGCAAAAACAUGUUUAACUUUUGUUGAAACUUCACUUCUACCUUCUUCCACGUUAGAAAAUCAGGACAUUUAUUGAUCCUUGUGAUCUGAAUACACAACUAUACAUGUACAUAUAGCUUGAAAUGUUAACUGGUUGUGUAAAAGUGUAAAAUUUUAGCUUAUAAAUAAAUAAUAUAUAACUAUAUAUACAGGACUGUCUCAGAAAAUUAGAAUAUUGUGAUAAAGUUCUUUAUUUUCUGUAAUGCAAUUU